ACUAUUUACAUAAAUUAAGCUCUGUCAACAGAAAAUAAACACAACUCUGUGCAAAAGAUGUUCUUUUAUUUUGAAAGACGACCGCAGUGGCAUUUACCUUCAACCUACAGUCUUAUCUCAGCUUCAUGCUUCGUUUACGGUCACGAAUGCUUAACCACGAUGAGCGUCACGCUGCCGUCACGGGGAGCGAGAACCUGUUUGACGAGACGUCCGCAGCAGAGAAUAAAUGACAACAUGUCUCAAAGCAGCUGAGCCAUUUGAGACCAGAAGAGGUUUCACGCUGGAGGAAGAACUUUUACUUUAACGCUCGGAGGACUCUACAUGUUAAACUGACACCACGAUGGAAUUUGCCUGCGGUUUUGUUUACGUGCCCCCGUUGCUAAAUCAGAGGAGCUGCCAACAAACCACCGCCAACGGCAUCAAGCGCUCAGCCCUUUUGCCUCCCGCUCACCGGCUCCGUCCUCGCAGCCCUCCCCCGUCUCCCCCGUCUCCCCCCUCUUCGCCAAACAGCACAGAGAAGAGCCGAGAGGCGAGGGAGGCUGGGAGGCCCCCGUACGAGAACGUGGAUUUUCAGAAUAAAAUAAAGAACUUGGCACCUCAGCCAACGCCAGCUCCUCGACGGGCGGCCCUUCUUCCGCCGUGUAUGAGGCAAAACAAGAGCGAGACCCCCGACCCGCCGACGCCUGAGUCCCAGUUAAACGGCCAAGACCUUUACUACUCAUACUGUGCACCGGAACGUUGUUGGAGCGAGGCGAAGCCGCCACCGUCCCCGGCCGUGCCCCAGAGGCCCUUGUUCAUGGACCUCACCCCAGAGUACGUAAUGGUGGUGUCCUCACCAUCAUCGACGUCCCAGUCUACUACAGACGUGGGGCCUCUUCCAGGGAAUCCUAACGUGGUCCUGGUUCCUUUAGGAAGACUGCUCUCAGAGGACGCAGUGCAGCCCAUCAGAGGACAACCCACCAUCUGCACCCAGUGUGGCUCAGUGCUGAACUCCCUCUAUGUUAAUGUGGUUAGUGUGUGUUGCUUCUGCGCGUCCUCGGGGUUGACCCAUCCUCCGAGCGCUUACGAGGACGGCCUGUUUUUGCUCAACCCGGAUGAAGCGCCGCUGUGCACCUCCGACGCGCUCCUGAUCUUCUGCAUCGAUAUUUCAGGCUCAAUGAGUUUGACCUCUAAGGUCACCGUGGGGAGGUCUGUUCUCCAGAAAUCAAGACUCCAGUUCGUCCGUGAGGCUGUGCUGACGUGUCUUGAGAGACUAAAUGAACAGAACCCUGGCGUGAGAGUGGGUCUCGUCACCUUCAACGACGAGGUGACGAUCCAUGGACAUAACAGUUUAUCGUGGCGUUUCCUGAGCGGUAACGAGUUGACCGACGUGGACUUGCUUAAAAACGCUGCUCACGACUACCCCAGUCCACCUCCCCUCUGGCAGACCAAAGGCCUGUUACAGAAACAAGUCCGGGGGCUACGUCAAAGUGGGCCCACAGCUCUGGGUCCGGCUGCUCUACUGUCUAUUGCAAUGGCCGCCAGGCAGCCCGGCUCCAAGGUAAUUAUAUGUACAGACGGGAAGGCCAACACCGACUUGGGAAACCUGGAGGUGGAGGAUAACGAUGCUCGCACCCUCCUGUCGUCCACCAUCUUUUACCAGACGCUGGGGGAAUACGCCGCCGAUCAGGGUGUGACGGUGUCUGUGCUGUCUAUAGAGGGAACCGACUGCCGGCUGGAUGAGCUGGGAAGACUCGUCGAUCACACCGGAGGAAACGUGGUGAUAGCGAGUCCCAACAUGCUGCAGGCAGAGUUUGAGCAGAUGACUGAGGACAGGACCAUAGCCACGCACUGUGCCGUCACGCUACGGCUGCCCAAAUCGCUGCGCGUGAGAGGGGAGAGGGAGGCGGGAAGCAGAGCGACCAGGGAGGUCGGGAACGUGGACUCGGCCAAAGAGCUCACCUUCCAGUUCGGAGCCGGCGAUCCGGACGCGGGAGUGCCGGCACCGUCGUCUGGCGCCCGUGUGCCCAUCCAGCUGCAGAUCAGGUACAGGAGGAGGAACGGACAGAAGAUGCUCAGAGUGAUAACAUCGGAGCGAGAGGUCACCGAUGACAGGUCGGCGGCGCUGUCCUCGCUGUCCGUGGACAUCGUGCAGCUCAACUCGGCCCAGGCCAGCGCCACUCUGGCCGUCAGGGGCCGCUUCCUGGAGGCCCGGCGGGAGGACGAGCAGCAGAGGAAGCUGAUCGCCAGAGCCAUAGAACAUAAUCACAGCGCAGAGGACAAACACACUUACCAGCAGUGGGUGGAAACCAUGGAGCCCAUAUACAACAACAUACACAACUACACCAGGGUCAGUGUGGCCUGCACACGCUUCACAUUGAACUGCCUCGACUCAAAUGACAAAACUUUCUCAAUUCUUCUCUGCUCUUCAGAGGAAAUGUGUCAUUUCAGACAAAGAGCCUCUAACGGAUGCUGGUGCAGCGAUGCUCUAUACCAUGAAGCACAGCAACAGAAAUUCCCUCUCACGGAGGAAAGCACAUCAACCUACAAAACUACCAAAAUCUUCCUUUUACGACGUGUGAGACUACGAGACUAUACAAGUAUUAGCGUUGAUUAUUUGACUAAAUAUUGCAAAUAUACCUCAGAUGUAAGUAAAUAUUAAUUAUAAUAUGUAAACUGAACAGGAAACAUAAAUAAAACUCUCAGAAAGA